AUGAGCUACUUGGAAGGUGUACCUUUCAGAGUGACCAUAAGCUUUGUGGACGAUCCUGUGGGAGACACCAACUUUGCCGGCCAGAUGGAAAUUGAACUGCCCGAGUCUGCAGAGAUCUUAACGUGCACAAUGCCUGAUUUUUCACUAGAGAAAAAGGUCCUUUACUGGAUCGACUCGGCCUCAAGGCAAGAGAUUCCCUGGUUUAACGGGACCGCUAGUACGUACCCCACAGCCCCUCCUUGUUGGCUUCUGUUGGUCGACUCCAAGGAAAACGUGGCCGAUAGCCACAAGGCAACAAGUUGCAAAACCAAAGAAAUGUCACGUCUCCAAAGCUGUAUGAAUCUGGGCACCAGGUCUGAGAGCCUCCGAUGCCCUGGCAGUCGAGAGAAGACGACAAGGGAGGACUUAGACCAGUGUCCUGAGGAGCAGGAAGGUUCAGAAGACAAGGAGUCUUCCUCAGCCACCUCUGAAGAACAUGACAGUGAAGAGCCUUCAGCGCCAAUGCCUGGUGCUCUACCACAGCUUUUCGACCUUCCCCAAAGCAGGCCGAAGACUUCUCCAGGGCAUCUAACUGCUGCGUCAGAAAGCAGUUGCCCAAGGUCCCUUUUGGGCAAGCAGAGGCAAUCCACGUAUUUUUUAAACAAUGUGAAGAAUGAGUUGCAAGGCGCCAAGAAGAAGCUGUUGGCCAUCAUGCAUCCCUUAAAUGGAACCACCACGGACUCCGCCUUGGUUUCUAAGGCUUUCUCCCUCCAUCAGCACUCCAGAAGCAACAGGAACUUCAGAUUCGGUGUCGGUUCCCCUCCUGGCUUAACACAAACUUUAAUCCCCUCUCCACCACCUACUUCCUGUUGUAAGUCAAGUCAGAUUCAUUCGGCAGAGUUUGUCCGACCCAUCCAACACCAUAAACCUACAGUGGCAUCUCUUAGCCCGUACGCCUGCCUUCCACCCCCACCAGGGACCCAGCAACCCCUAAGUCCCCACAGAGCUCCAUUGCUGGACUCCACCUCCGAUCUUCUCUCGGUGCUGAGCCAAGAGGAACGCGAACUGAUUGAGCCAAUGGUCGCCUUGGGUUAUCCGAUCCGCCGAGCGAUCCUUGCCCUGCAGAAGACUGGGAGACAAAGCUUGGGACAGUUUCUCAGUUAUCUCAGUGCCUGCGACAGACUUCUGAAACAGGGUUACGAUGAGGCCCAGGUUAUAGAAGCCAUGGAAAUGUUCCAGAACUCGGAGAAAAAGGCCUCAGAAUUCCUCUGCCUCUUAGCCCAAUUCAACGACAUGGGCUUCCAACAAGCUGACAUCAAAGAAGUCCUCCUUCUGUGUGAAAACCACCGAGACAGGGCCCUGGAGGAGCUCAUGGCCCAAAGCCAAUGACAGCGGCCCAACAUCCUCCCCUCCCCUCCCUUCCCCAAAUGAGUCUGUAAAUAUUGUACUCUCUCAAACCUUUAUCUUAUGAAUCUCUUUAAUCAGCCUUCGGAAAGCUCACCUUUGUGAUUUGUUCUCAUCUUUUCUUUUUAAAGCUCCUUGUUAUUCAACCACUCCUGGAUAAACAUGGUGAUGUACAAGCCAGCACACAUGACUUGAUUCGAGUUGGUUCCUAUGGUGCCUGAAGGCUUUGUUUAUUGUUAUUAUUAUCAAGCAUUUUAAUAACAUUUUAAAACGAGAACAACAAAAAAAGUAAGGAAUAAAUUCAGAUAAGUGCAGUAGUAAUCUUUCCUGGAAGGAACAAUUAGAAUAGAGCCGGAAGGGACCUUGGAGGUCUU